AUGGAUCAUUCUUCAAGAAAGUUAUCCAGUUCCCUGGGACGAACCCAAUUUUCCCCCUACCAAGGCAUGCCUAUCGAGAUUUCAGAUAUGGAUCGAAAAUCCUUAAGAUCAUUUCCCACCACCUGCCCGAAGACUUAUCCUCUGGUUAAAGAACAGGGACGUUACUCCCAAAUGAUCGCCUUAGAGCCUUCAGGGGUAAAUACUGGCCCCAUGGUUCUCCAUGGUCUACAGCAUCAGUCAGAGUUUGAGGAAAACAUUACAAAAGCCACAGCCUUUGGGAUUCCUGACGAAGAUCAAUAUCACUUGCUUCGAAAGGAUCCGGGAGAAACAACCGAGAUGCUCAUACAGUCAGACUUCCCCCAACAAGCAUACCAGCCAAAGAGUCAGCUCUCCUCUGGGUGGUUCAUGGGCUUAUACCCUCGGGAGAUUGAGUUUGAGAGGAGAAGACGGCAGAAUCUGUUUCUGGAUAUAAAUGAGCUCUUAGCCACUGCAGGUUUAGACUCAAAUGAGCUGAUAACCAGACACCAAGAUCUAAAAAGAAUACCAGUCUUUGAUGAGAAGAAAAACCUGAUUUUCCCCAUAUACCUCCAGCUACAGUUGUUUGACGAUGAAGAGUUUGACUGCCGAAUCCCCGAAGAAUGGAUGAUGCUAGGAGUGGAACCAGGAUCUAAAGACAGAAAACCGAUUCCAGGAAAAGCUCUUUUACCAACAGAUGAUAUCCUGGGACAUGAGAAUCCAUUCAGCAAAGAAGUGACCUAUAUGUGGUUCAGUGUUGGAGUUCUGGAUUAUGAUGAGGAAAAUAAGUUGUACCUAGUCCAUAAGAUGAAAGAGAAAGGAAAGGUGCGAGAUGAAGAGGGGCAGAUCAUACUGAAUGGAGGAAUGACUCCUGCAGGCCGAGCCCCUCUUCUGCCCUGUCAGUACUGGGUGCCCCGGAUCCAGCUGCUGUUCGGCUCAGAGAACCCCCUUGUGUUCGCUCAGCGCGUGAUCUCGGCCAGCUCCCUUCGCAAGAAAACGGAGGAACUCUUGCGGUACAACCUGUACCUGGACUGCAUUCCCUGUGUGGGCCAGAGAGUCAUCUGUGAGGAGAGCCUAGACAGAAUAAAACAUUGGGCAAUGAGCACUCCAGGGCUGCGACAAGAGGCCAGAGCUGAGGAAGCACUCAGCCUCCUGACUAAAGAGGUGAACCUGGACUACGAACGGACCAUGAACAGGAUCACUUUUGACGAAAGCAUCAUUGCCAACCCUCAGAAAUAUAAUUUCAUUAGUGUGCCUGAGCAAGAGGAGAUGCGGGUGCCUGACAAUGGGCUCGUCCCCGUUCCAGAGUAUUCAUUCCCAAAACAGAGGAGAGCCUUCACCUUCGUGUCUCUCCUCACCCGGCCAGAGGUCAUCUCAGUCCUGUACAAGAUGCAGAUGGAAAACAACGAAGUGGCCUCCAUGUCCCUGUUUCAUGCCACCUUGAGUAAAUGUGGGCGACUAGAGGAGUUUGAACAGAUGCAGACUCAGACCAUUACUCAGGUGCAGCUGUAUCUCAAGGACACUUGGAUCAGCAAUCUUAAGUUGGUGGUAAGGAACAGCCUAAGGGAUAUAAGCAAAGGCUGGUACAACGUCCGGGAAACCAACUGGGAAAUAUACCAGUUGUCUAAACUGCACAAGCUGAUGGAGCUCAUCAAGUACAACCUACAGAGCACCUUACGCUACCUGGUCAAGGAAUCGUUAGCUAAUUUCUCCCAGCUCAUCCUGGAUGCCUGCUGUAGUGUUCUGCAUUGCUCAGAAGAUAUGAAAUGGUGUGGGAACCUCAUUGAGAGCCCAUACCAGCCACUGAAGCACCCUCUCUUCUUAGUGGAUCUGAUUCUGGACAGCACUGGGGUUCAUUUUAGUACCCCUCUUGAAAACUUCGAGACUAUGGUGAUUUCAGUGUUUGACAAGGGUGUCAUAGCGACCUACUGUGUGCCACAGCUGGAGAAGUUUGUAAUGGAGGAUAUGUUAAUCAGUGACACCCUGCUACUGGAGUCUGUGAGUCUGAGUGAGUCAUCUGUGGAGGAGCUGCGCAGUCUGAUCUUUAACGCCAUCAGCAAGGCCAAAUUUCCCCUCAUGGCCUAUGCCAAGGAGUAUGAGAAAUAUCUGGAACUGAACAACAAUGAAAUAGACGUCUUUCUCAAAGACUACCAAGAAAAUUGCCCAACUGCCCGGGAAGUGAAGAAAUUGGUCAAUAAGUACCAAGGCAACAAGCAGAUCCUUGAUAAUGAUUUGCCAAAUUCUAUCGUCAUUGGUCCUUUCUGCAUCAACGUGGAAGACGUGAAGAGCCACCUCUCCCAAAAGUGUCAGACUCUGGCCAUGUCCCUGUUGGAUAUAUUGUCAAAGAACCUGCACCAAGAAGUGGAAAAUAUUUGUACUGAGUUCAGGAGCAUCAGCAGGAAGAUUUACGAGAAACCAAAUAGCAUCGAAGAACUGUCCGAGCUCCGGGAUUGGAUGAAGAGUAACUCUGAGAGGCUGCACUUUCUUGAGGACCGGAUAGCCAGAGUCAUGGGAGACUAUGAAGUCCUAGAGGAAUUCUUUUACAACCUCCCCACCGAGGAGUUCAAUGAAAAGUGGACUGCCAGUUACUGGCCCUUGAAGAUUUACACCCAGAUAAAUCUGGUUCAGAAGCAGCAUCUCGAGGAUGAAAAGAAGUUCCACAAAAUUCAAGUCAUGGAUCAGAACAACUUCCUGGAAAAACUGGACACUCUGCAGCUGAUGGUGGCUGGAUUUUCCAUCCACACUGACAUUGGCCGGGCACAUGAGCUAGCCAAUGAUGCCAGGAGAGUCAGGAAGCAGCUGAAGGAAUCCCAGCAGCAGGCCAUUCUCUAUAACAAUAGAGAGCGGCUCUUCGGAAUGCCCAUCACCAAUUAUGAUAAGUUGACUAAAAUGGCGAAGCAAUUUCAGAAUUACUGGGCUCUCUGGACUACAACAUCUGACUGGUUGCGCUGGUCAGAGAGCUGGUUGAAUGAUCCUCUCUCUGCUAUCGAUGCUGAACAACUUGAGAAGAAUGUUAAUGAGUCCUUCAAGACAAUGCAUAAGUGUGUGAAACAGUUCAAAGACCUUCCAGCCUGCCUGGAGGUAGCUGAAGAUAUCCAAUCCAGGAUCGAGGUGUUUAAGCCAUACAUCCCUCUGAUUCAAGGCCUACGCAACCCGGGCAUGCGAAACCGGCACUGGGAAGAACUCUCAGCUGAAAUUCACAUCAACAUCAAACCAAAGGUCAACAUGACCUUUGCGCGCUGCCUGGACAUGAAGCUACAAGACCACACUGAGACUAUUAGCAGAGUAGCCGAAGUUGCCGGCAAGGAGUACGCCAUUGAGCAGGCACUGGAUAAAAUGGAGAAAGACUGGAUCCCCAUUGUAUUUACCGUGCUGCCAUAUAAAGACACAGGGACAUUCGUUCUGAAGAGCCCUGAAGAAGCCUCUCAGCUCCUUGAUGAUCACCUUGUCAUGAUCCAGAGCAUGUCCUUCUCUCCAUAUAAACAGCCAUUUGAGGAGAGAAUCAAAACCUGGGAAACCAAGCUGAAACUGACUCAGGAUGUCUUAGAGGAAUGGCUGGCAUGUCAGCGGUCCUGGCUAUACCUGGAGCCCAUCUUCAGCUCAGACGACAUUACCAGGCAACUGCCUGUUGAGACCAAGCGCUACGAAACUAUGGAGAAGACCUGGAAAAAGGUUAUGAGGAAAGUCAAUGAGAACAGGCAGGUGAUUUCUGUGUGUCCAGAUCGUAGACUGUUGGAAAACCUAAAGGAAUCCAAUAUACUCCUGGAACAGGUGCAGAAAGGCUUGAGUGACUACCUGGAGGUCAAAAGAAGAUCUUUCCCCAGAUUCUACUUCCUAUCAGAUGAUGAGCUGCUGGAGAUUUUGUCCCAGACCAGAGACCCCACAGCUGUGCAACCUCACCUUCGAAAAUGCUUUGAGAAUAUUGCCCAGCUGUAUUUCCAGAAGGAUCUGAAAAUCACUCACAUGUACUCUGGAGACGGGGAGGAAGUGCAGCUUUCCAAGUCCAUCUACCCAGAUGGCAAUGUGGAAGAAUGGUUGCUGAAGGUGGAGUACGGCAUGAAAACCAGCAUCUGUGAUUUGAUUAAGAGAGCAAUCAAAGCCUAUCCUCAGAAUCCCAGGACCACAUGGGUCCUCAGUUGGCCUGGCCAGGUUAUCAUUGCUGGAUGUCAGACUUUUUGGACAAAGGAAGUGUCGGAAGCUCUGGGAGCCGGGGAUCUAGCUACUCGGCUCUAUCCCCAGCUCGGGGUUCAGUUGAAUGAUCUGGUGGCCCUAGUGCGAGGAAAGCUGUCUAAGAUGCAGAGAGCAGUGUUGUCAGCUCUGAUUGUGAUUGAAGUCCAUGCCAAAGAUGUUGCUGCCAAACUGAUAGAAGAAAAUGUGAUUAGUGAGAAUGACUUUGAAUGGAUUUCCCAACUCAGGUACUAUUGGAAAGAUGAUGACCUGUACAUCCGAGCAGUGAAUGCUGAGUUCACAUAUGGCUACGAGUAUCUGGGCAACAGCGGACGCCUGGUGAUCACCCCUCUCACUGACAGAUGCUACCUGACCCUAACUGGAGCACUGCACCUCAAAUUUGGAGGUGCUCCUGCUGGACCCGCUGGAACAGGGAAAACUGAAACGACCAAGGAUCUGGGAAAAGCUAUGGCUGUCCAGACGGUGGUAUUUAACUGCUCUGACCAGCUUGACUACAUGGCCAUGGGCAAAUUUUUUAAAGGCCUGGCCAGUUCUGGAGCAUGGGCUUGCUUUGAUGAGUUUAAUCGGAUUGACAUCGAAGUGCUUUCUGUGGUGGCCCAGCAGAUUACCACCAUUCAGAAAGCCCAACAGCAGAGGGUGGAUCACUUCCUGUUUGAAGGAGCGGAGAUUCCUCUUGUUUCUUCCUGUGCAGUGUUCAUCACCAUGAACCCAGGGUAUGCUGGACGAACUGAGUUACCUGACAACUUGAAGGCUCUUUUUCGUCCUGUGGCAAUGAUGGUUCCAGAUUAUGCCAUGAUCGCUGAGAUCUCCCUUUACUCGUUUGGAUUUGGGGAAGCCAAAGUCCUGGCUAAGAAGAUCACUACCACAUUCAAGCUGUCAUCUGAACAGCUCAGUUCACAAGAUCACUAUGACUUUGGAAUGAGAGCUGUGAAGACUGUGAUCUCAGCAGCUGGCAACCUCAAACGGGAGCAUCCUACCAUGAAUGAGGAGCUGAUCUGCCUCAGAGCCAUUCGGGAUGUCAACGUGCCCAAAUUCCUGCUGGAAGAUCUCAAGCUCUUCAGUGGCAUUGUGUCAGACUUAUUUCCCAAGAUCAAAGAGGAGGAAAUAGAUUACGGCAUACUUGAAACAGCCAUCCGCAAAGCCUGCAUCAAGAAACACCUGAAGGAUGUGGAUGGUUUUCUAACUAAAUGCAUCCAGCUAUAUGAAACCUCUGUGGUGCGCCAUGGCCUCAUGCUGGUGGGGCCAGCAGGCUCUGGGAAGAGUGAGUGUUACAAAGUUUUGGCUUCUGCAAUCACAUCCUUAAAAGGUCAGUCUUCCGUCGGUGGUGAGUUGUAUGAAGCUGUCCAAUACUACGUCCUCAACCCCAAAUCCAUCACCAUGGGCCAACUCUACGGGGAGUUUGACUUGCUAACACAUGAAUGGACAGAUGGGAUUUUCUCAACACUCAUCCGGGCAGGGGCUCUGAGCCGUGACAGUGAAAAGAAAUGGUACAUGUUUGAUGGUCCAGUAGAUGCCAUUUGGAUUGAGAACAUGAACACUGUGCUGGAUGACAACAAGAAGCUCUGCCUUAGUUCUGGAGAGAUCAUUAAACUCACUGAGGCCAUGACCAUGAUGUUUGAAGUUCAGGACCUGGCAGUUGCCUCCCCAGCCACCGUCUCCCGCUGCGGCAUGAUUUACCUGGAGCCCAGUCUUCUGGGGCUUUCCCCCUUCACCGAAUGCUGGCUGGAAAGAAUACCAGAAGUCAUGAAGCCUUUUCAGGAACAGCUCCACAGCCUCUUCGAUAGGUUCCUGGAGGCUUCUAUCAAUUUUGUCCGAAGAUCAGUUAAGGAAAUAAUUGCGUCAACAGACAGCAACCUGACAAUGAGCCUUCUCAAGCUGUUGGACUGCUUCUUCAAGCCAUUUUUAACCAAAAUGGGCAAGAAAACCAUCCUGAAGAAUGAGACAAUUCUUGCAAGGGUGAUAGAACCCUGGUUCAUCUUCUCCCUGGUCUGGAGCGUGGGUGCAACUGGAGAUGCUGGGAGCCGGAAAGCCUUCAGUCUGUGGUUGAGAAAGAAGAUGAAAAAGGAACAAGUGUCUCUUCUUUUCCCAGAAGAUGGCCUGGUAUUUGAAUACAGGCUUGAUGAUGGAGGGAUUAGUGGUACUGAGGACGAAGAGGAGGAGGAAAAAGGAAGUGGAAAGGUGUCAUGGGUGAAAUGGAUGGAUCCUUCCUCAACCUUUACAAUACAACUUUAUGCCAACUUUUCUGACAUCAUUAUCCCAACAAUGGUCACUAUCCAGAUGUCUCACCUUCUGGGAAUGCUCCUCACCAAUCGAAAGCCUGUUCUCUGCAUUGGGCCAACGGGCACAGGGAAGUCCCUCACCAUUUCUGAUAAGCUCCUGAAGAACUUGCCCCAGAAAUACAUCUCCCACUUUCUGGCAUUUUCUGCCCGGACCUCAGCCAAUCAGACGCAGGACUUCAUCGACAGCAAGCUGGAUAAAAGGCGGAAGGGGGUGUAUGCUCCUCCCCUGGGAAAGUCCUGUAUCUUUUUCAUUGACGACCUGAACAUGCCAGCGCUGGAGACUUUUGGAGCUCAGCCCCCCAUUGAACUGCUGCGCCAAUGGAUGGACCACCAGGGCUGGUACGACAGGAAAAUGAUUGGUUCGUUCAGGCAGCUGUUAGACAUUAACUUCGUGUGUGCCAUGGGACCCCCCGGGGGCGGAAGGAAUGCCAUCACUCCUCGCCUCACCCGCCACUUCAACUAUCUCUCAUUCACGGAGAUGGAUGAUUGCAGCAAAAAGAGGAUUUUCUCCAUCAUCUUAGGCUGCUGGUUAGCGGGAGCCCCAGCUGUGGAACACUUAAAUGAAGACCUAGUCAGUGCCACCAUUAAGGUGUACUCCAUCAUCACCUCUCAGCUGCUGCCCACUCCAACUAAAUCACACUACACAUUUAAUCUGAGGGACCUCUCCAAAGUCUUCCAGGGCAUGCUCAUGGCAGAACCGACCAAAAUCAAGGACAAAGUGGAACUGCUGAGGCUGUGGUACCAUGAGAGCUGCCGGGUGUUCCGGGACCGGCUGGUGAAUGAAGAUGACUGCAUCUGGUUCGAUGAGCUGAUGAAGAAGAAGAUGGAGGCCUGGGGCGUCUCUUUUGAGGACGUCGUCCCCUUCCAGCCCAUCCUCUACGGAGACUUCUUGACCCUGGGUUCCGACACCAAGAUGUAUGAGUUGAUGAGCGAUAUAGAGAAGCUUCUGCAGGUGCUUGAUGAUUUCAUGGAGGACUACAACGAAGUCAGCACCAACAAGAUGAAACUUGUGCUCUUCAUAGAUGCCGUAAGCCACAUCUGCCGCAUCAGCCGCAUCCUCCGGCAGUCACUGGGGAACGCCCUCCUCCUUGGCAUUGGAGGGAGCGGGCGGAGCUCCCUCACUCGUCUGGCUUCUCACAUAGCUGCAUAUGAAUGCUUCCAGAUUGAGCUCUCCAAGAACUAUGGGAUGACAGAGUGGCGUGAAGACAUCAAGCAGAUCUUGCUUAAGGCUGGUCUAAACAACAAGUCCAUCACUUUCCUGUUCUCAGACACACAGAUUAAAAAUGAGUCUUUCUUGGAGGAUAUCAACAGUAUUCUAAACUCCGGAGACAUCCCCAACUUGUACUCUCUAGAUGAGCAGGAUCAGAUCCUAAUCAGUAUGAGACCCAUCAUUCAAGAACGUGGACUGCAGCCAAGCAAGGCCAACCUGAUGGCUGCCUAUACUGGGCGCGUGCGCAAUAACAUCCACACCGUGCUGUGCGUGAGCCCUAUAGGGGAGGUUUUUCGAGCUCGUCUACGGCAAUUCCCCUCUCUAGUCAACUGCUGCACAAUUGAUUGGUUUAAUGAAUGGCCAGCAGAAGCUCUGGAGUCUGUGGCCUACAGCUAUUUGAUUGAGCUCCCAGAUCUGGAGACAACCCCUGAACUAACAGAAGGACUGGUUAUGGUGUGUGUAGCGAUCCAUCAGUCUGUGGCCCGUAAGUGCAUAGAGUACCUUGCCGAGCUAGCUCGCUACAAUUACGUCACUCCUAAGAGCUACUUGGAGCUGCUGAACAUCUUCUCCUUCCUGAUUGAAGAAAAGAAGCAGGAACUGAGAAUGGAAAAGGAUCGUAUGGAGGGUGGUUUGAACAAGCUGCUGCGGACAUCUGAAGAUGUAGUAAAGAUGCAGGAAGAGCUGGAAGUGAUGCGUCCCCUUCUGGAAGAGGCAGCCGAAGUUACCGUGACAACGAUGGAACAAAUAAGGAUGGAUACAGCUGUGGCAGAAGACAAGCGCAGAGAUGUACAGGCAGAAGAGCAGAAAGCCAACGCAAAGGCCAAGAAAGCUCAGGCCAUUGCUGAUGAUGCACAGAAAGACUUGGAUGAAGCCCUCCCAGCUCUUACUGCUGCUUUAACCAGCCUGAGGAACCUUAACAAGAAUGAUGUGACUGAGGUACGUGCCAUGCAGAGGCCUCCCCCAGGGGUGAAACUGGUAAUUGAAGCUGUCUGUAUCAUGAAGGGAAUCAAGCCCAAGAAGCUGCCAGGAGAGAAGCCCGGCACAAAGAUUGAUGAUUACUGGGAUCCUGGUAGGAGCCUUCUCCAGGACCCUGGCAGGUUCCUCGACAGCCUUUUAAAAUAUGAUAAGGACAACAUCCCUGAUGCAGUGAUCAGAGCCAUCCAGCCAUACAUUAACAAUGAGGAAUUCCAGCCAAUAGCCAUUGCUAAGGUGUCCAAGGCCUGUACCUCCAUCUGCCAGUGGGUGCGGGCCAUGCACAGAUAUCACUUUGUGGCCAAAGGUGUGGCACCCAAACGGAGAGCCCUGCAUGAGGCCCAGCAAGACCUGGCUGCGACUCAGAAGGUCCUGGAUGUAGCCAAGCAGAGACUGCAAGAAGUGGAGGAUGGCAUAAUAGUCCUACAGGCAAAAUACCAAGACUGUGUCUCCAAGAAGAACGAACUGGAGCGUAAAUGUGUGCAAUGUGAACAGAGGCUGGAACGAGCCGACAAGCUGAUCAGCGGACUGGCUGAUGAGAAGUUGCGCUGGGAGGAAAGAGUGGAGAAUCUGGAGAACAUGAUCAACAACAUCUAUGGGGAUGUGAUGGUGUCAUCAGGCUUUGUGGCCUACCUGGGCCCCUUCACGGGACAGUACCGGACUGCACUGUGUGAGCUGUGGAUCAAAGAACUGGAGCAUUUCAAUGUCCCUCACUCCAAGGAGCCAACCCUUAUCGGGACACUGGGAAAUGCGGUGAUAAUCCGAUCGUGGCAGCUUGCAGGUCUCCCCAAGGACACUGUGUCUGUGGAGAAUGGAGUCAUCGCCCGGUAUUCCCAGCGCUGGACUCACUUCAUUGACCCUCAGGGACAAGCCAACAAGUGGAUAAAGACUAUGGAAAAGGCAAAUGGCUUGGAUGUGUUUAAAAUGAAUGACCUGGACUUCGUGCGUACUCUGGAAAAUGCAAUCCGCUUUGGCAGUCCAUGUUUGCUGGAGAAUGUGGGAGAGGAGCUGGAUCCAAUUCUGGAAUCUGUCCUGCUCAAACAGACUUUCAAGCAGCAAGGCAGUGAAGUACUGAAGCUAGGUGAUGCUAUCAUUCCUUACCACGAAGACUUCAGGAUCUACAUCACAACCAAGCUUCCCAACCCUCACUAUAUCCCUGAGAUCUCCACUAAGGUCACGCUGAUUAACUUCACCCUCUCUCCCAGUGGCCUGGAGGACCAGUUGCUGGGCCAAGUGGUGGCUCAGGAGCGGCCAGAUUUGGAGGAGGCCAAGAACCAACUUAUUGUCAUCAAUGCCAGGAUGAGACAAGAACUGAAGGACAUUGAGGACCAGAUCCUGUACCGGCUCAGUUCCACAGAAGGCAACCUCGUUGAUGAUAUCGAGCUCAUUAGGGUGCUGGAGGCAUCCAAGCUAAAAGCUGGGGAUAUUCAGGCCAAGGUGAAGAUAACUGAGAGGACAGAGAAGGACAUCGACCUGACUCGCAUGGAAUAUGUCCCUGUGGCCACCCGCACCAAGAUCCUCUUCUUCUGCAUGUCAGACCUCUCCAAUGUGGACCCCAUGUACCAGUACUCACUUGAGUGGUUCCUCAAAAUCUUUGUCUCUGGCAUCACCAACUCUGAGAAAGCAGAAACUCUGAAGAAACGGAUCGAGAACAUCAACACAUACCUGACUUACAGCCUCUACAGUAAUGUUUGCCGCAGCCUCUUUGAAAAGCACAAGCUCAUGUUCGCUUUCCUCCUCUGUGCUCGGAUCAUGAUGAAUGAUGGGCAUAUCAAUAUGGCUGAAUGGCGCCACCUUCUUUCUGGGGGCUCUGUCAAGACACUCCGGGAGAACCCGGCAGUUGAGUGGCUGUCGGAGAGGGCAUGGAGAGACAUCCUGUCCCUGACCAAUCUUGAAACCUUUGCCACCUUUGCUGAUGACUUUGUGAGACACCUGCAGGACUUCCAGCACAUUUUUGACAGCGCGGAGCCUCACCGUGAACCCCUGCCAGGAGAGUGGAACAGUCGCUUGGAUCAGUUCCAGAAGCUGCUGGUACUGCGCUGUCUGCGGGGAGACAAAGUCACCAAUGCCAUGCAGGACUUCAUAGCCAAUAAUCUGGAGCCACGUUUCAUUGAGCCACAUACAGCUGACCUUUUGUCAGUAUUCAAAGAGUCCAGCUCAACCACACCACUGAUAUUUGUGCUGUCCCCUGGAACGGAUCCCGCCACCGACCUCUACAAAUUUGCCGAAGAGAUGAAGUUCUCCAAGAAGUUCAGUGCCAUUUCCCUGGGUCAGGGACAGGGUCCCUUAGCAGAAGCUAUGAUGCAGAAUUCAAUGGAGCGAGGCAGGUGGGUCUUCUUCCAGAACUGUCACCUGGCCCCCAGCUGGAUGCCAUCAUUGGAGAGGCUCAUCGAGGCCGUCACUGUGGAUAAGGUUCAUCGAGAUUUCCGCCUCUGGCUCACCAGUUUACCCAGUAACAAGUUCCCUGUGACCAUACUCCAGAAUGGCUCCAAGAUGACCAUUGAGCCCCCGAGAGGGUUCAAAGCCAACCUCCUGAAGUCCUAUAGCAGCCUCAGUGAUAAUUUCUUGAACUCCUGUACGAAGGGGCCUGAGUUUAAGGCAUUGCUGCUGUCACUGUGUCUGUUCCAUGGGAAUGUGCUGGAGAGAAGGAAGUUUGGACCACUGGGGUUCAACAUCCCCUAUGAGUUCACCGAUGGAGACUUGCGCAUUUGCAUCAGCCAACUCAAGAUGUUCCUCAAUGAGUACUCAGCCGUCCCUUUCAAGGUCCUCAAGUACACAGCUGGGGAGAUCAACUAUGGGGGCCGCGUAACAGAUGACUGGGAUCGGCGCUGUAUCAUGAACAUCCUGGAGGAUUUCUACAACCCAGAAGUGUUGCUAGCCAACCACAAUUUCUCUGAGUCAGGGAUCUACCACCAAAUCAAGACCACCUAUGAUUACAAGGGCUAUAUACAGUACAUCAAGAGCCUGCCUCUCAAUGAUAUGCCUGAGAUUUUUGGGCUCCAUGACAAUGCCAACAUCACCUUCGCCCAGAAUGAAACCUUCGCUCUGCUCAGUUCCAUCAUUCAGCUGCAGCCCAAGUCCACUUCCAACGGAGGCCGCAACCACGAGGAGAUUGUUCGGGAGGUGGCGAAGGGCAUCCUACAUAAGAUUCCACCCCUGAUCAACUUGCAUAAGGUCAUGAAGAAGUACCCGGUGCUGUAUGAGGAGUCCAUGAACACUGUACUGGUGCAAGAGGUCAUCAGGUAUGACCGGCUGUUGGAGGUGAUGGCGCAGACCCUGAAGGACCUGCUGAAGGCACUGAAGGGACUAAUGGUGAUGUCUUCACAACUGGAACUGAUGGCCACCAGCCUCUACAACAAUGCUGUACCUGAGCUCUGGAACUCUAAGGCCUAUCCGUCACUGAAGCCCCUAUCCUCCUGGGUCAUUGAUUUGAGGCAGCGGAUUCGCUUUCUGGAGACCUGGAUCGCGAAUGGAAUCCCAUCAGUCUUCUGGAUAAGUGGUUUCUUCUUCCCUCAGGCCUUCCUGACCGGCACCCUGCAGAACUUUGCCAGGAAGUUCCUCAUUUCUAUAGACACCAUCUCCUUUGGCUUUCAGGUGAUGAGAGAGAAAGCGAGUGAACUGAAGGUGCGGCCCACUGAGGGCUGCUACAUCUGCGGCUUGUUCCUGGAAGGAGCACGCUGGAACUCCGACACCCUUGAACUGGCAGAGUCUCGACCUAAGGAGCUGUACACGGAGAUGGCUGUCAUCUGGCUCCUCCCUAUGUCCAAUCGCAAAAGUCCAAGUGAGGGCUUCUUCCUGUGCCCCAUCUAUAAGACCCUGACAAGAGCUGGAACGCUAUCAACGACGGGCCAUUCCACCAACUAUAUCAUUGCCAUUGAGCUCCCCAGCAGCAAAAGCCAGGGGCACUGGAUCAAACGAGGGGUAGCCUUGAUCUGCGCCCUGGACUACUAGCCUCUGGACUGCUAUGCUAUCCCUACCCCAUUUCCCCCCUUGGAGACAGGCCCAUAGCUUUGUCAGGAAGGUGCUUACAUUAGACUAGUGGUGGGAAUAAAUUAUAAUUGCUGAGAAACCUA